AUGGUUAAUCUGAGUGAAAUUGAACAAGGAUCCACAAGUCAAAGAUAUGAUGUAUUUUUAAGUUUUCGAGGAGCCGAUACUCGUAAUAAUUUCACCGAUCACCUCUACAAUGCCCUGAUCGAUGCCGGUAUUAAUACCUUUUUGGAUGAUGAAGAGAUCGAGACCGGAGAAGACCUGAAACCGGAAUUGGAGAAUGCAAUAAAGUCUUCAAGGGCUUCUGUUGUUGUGCUGUCCAAGAAUUACGCCACUUCCACGUGGUGUCUUGAUGAGCUGGCACUGAUCCUUGAGCGACGUUUGACCGCUGACCAGAUUGUUAUACCUAUCUUCUAUCAUGUUGAGCCGACCGAUGUAAGGAAGCAACAAGGUAGUUUCGGAGACGCCAUGGCAGGGCACAGACGGAAGAAGAUAACAAACGCAGAGAAAAGAGUUUGGUGGGGUCAAAAGAUGGAUCGAUGGAAGAAAGCGCUGACCGAUAUUGCCGACUUAAAAGGGAAAGACGUCAAGGGCAGGUGCUCACUUUGUACACCUUUUUUAUUCAUGAAGUUGAUUGAGAUACAAAUAAAUUAAAAUAGGAUAAAUAAACCUA